AUUCAGAAGAACUCGGUUAGCGGUGAUUGAGGUCUACCUACCCAGUACUAUUGCGUGCGAGAACAUCUCGAUCGGAUCAUCUAAUAUCCUGUUUCGUCUCUGAGCCAUCGCUCUCCUCUGUCGGUGUUGCGGACAAUUUUUUCUGUUCUCGUGUACACGCAAUUGCAUCCUAUACACGCAUACGAAAUGGCGACUACCACUAGAGUGUUUGUCAAGUCUGAGGCGGAAUAUGGCUGUGAACAUCUAGCGGCUGUCCUUGGGAAGGAUGAAAGCACUGCUGCGCAGUUCCGAGAAUCAUUCGCCAAGUCUCACGCUGCUAUUGAAGCGCGAAAGAAGAGUGCUUCUGUCCACAAGGCAUCUACUCCCAAGACUAUUUUUUCUCUCAGACCGACAUAUCAUUGUCUGACCUGUUCGGAAACCUGUGACAACGGCGGCAGGCACGCCCACUCUGAGAAGACAGGUCAUAAAUUCUAUUUGGAAUCGAGAAACUGCAAUCUCUUCUGUCAGGGAUGCGAUGAUCUCGUCUAUGACGGAGGCCUGGAACGCUUGCUCGCGAUGGGUUGCCCUCUCAAAGCUUCGAAAAAGCGGAAAUUCAGCGACAGUUCCGCCGAUCAAGUCUACGUUAGAGCUAACGCGAACAAACGACCCUGUGGCAGGGAAGGCGCCAGGGGUAUAUAUAACCUUGGUCAAUCUUGUUAUAUGAACGUCAUCUUGCAGGCCCUUCUUCAUGACCCAAUACUAAACACGUAUUUCCUUGGCAAUGGCCAUCAAGGGCAUGAAUGCCUGUGGCCUCGUUGCAUGGCAUGUCCGCUGGCUGACGCUUUUGCCGAUGCUAACAAUACCGAGAAGAACGAGGCAUUCACGGCAGUCCAGCUGAUGUACGCCUUAUGGAACACUAGUGUGUCUUUACAAGGCUACCGGCAACAAGAUGCCCACGAGUUCUAUCAGUUUCUCGUCGACAGGCUGCAUGCUACUGCUGAGGGACACGCCGACGGCAUGAAUGAAGAUUGUCCAUGCUUCUUCCACAAAGCUUUCUAUGGGAAACUUCGGAGCACCGUCACCUGUGACAACUGCGGCAAUGUUACUCGCACUGAAGACCCCAUCAUGGACCUCAGUCUUGAUGUGCAGACGCGGGCGAAGAAGCACGCACUGGGUGGGCAGGAUACUCCGUCUACGCCAACAUUGCACGGCUGUCUGGAAAGAUUUACUUCUCCAGAGAGGCUAUCGGCAGGAAUGUACAACUGCAGUGAAUGUGGUGGGGCAGGUCAAAAAGCGACUAAGCAGCUGAGGAUCAAGAAGCUGCCAGCGAUUCUGUGUAUGCAGCUGAAGCGCUUUGGACAUUCAGAGGCUGUUUCGGAGAAACUUGAGGGCAGGGUGAACUUCCCGCUAUCCAUCAACAUGCUUCCUUACACGACCAAGCCAAACUCGCAAAAGGUGCCCAAGUCAAAAUACAUGUAUGACCUGUCCACCGCUGUUAUCCACAAGGGCCAACUCGACACGGGACAUUACUACGCAUAUUGUCGACAAGGCGAACAGUGGAUGCUUUUCAACGACGAUCAGGUAACUCCCGCAGGGGAAGCAGACGUGCUGAAUGCAGAUGCGUAUCUUCUUUUCUACAACUUGCGCUCUCUCACGGCCAAGGUGGAUGACCAUAACCAGAGCAAGAGCCAGGGCCACUGAGGUCUCUAUUCUAUUUCCUGUGAAUCCUGAUGCAGUCAUUUUCUUUUCUUGCUCGCGCCGGGUACAUGGUUAGGCGUUGAGAUUCUAUGUAAAUCAUGGAGCAUCUCGGUUCGGUGCUGGUUGGCGUUGUCCGGUACAAUACCCAGUGAACGAACCCAUUUUAUUUCGGGG